AUGGCCAGCAUGAGUGCCCAAGCUCCAACCAUGAGCAGUUUAUUUCGAGGGAGCUGGAUCUGUGCAUCCUGCGCACGCCAGCAAGUCCGAACCCAGACUCGACAGAUCUCUACCUCGAACUGGCGAAAACCAUUUCAAACUGAUGGACGAAGUCUUUCUGAACCCCAGUUCGCUACAAGGAGCCUGAGAAGAGACUUUCACAGCCAAACCGCGACCUUCCACGAACCGCCCUCCGACCGAUCUCAAGAACAGGCGCUACCGUUAGGCGACUUUUACACCGACCUCCUUGCGACGCCGAUCCCCAAGCAGUCACACUCGACCGUGCCACUCCCCACGUUCGUGCAAUCAGGCGACCAGUCAAAGGAGGAGCGAGCGAGGAAACUCUUCGGCACAAUGGAGCGGUACAGAAGCUCUGUCUCCUCAAACCCCGAUGCAACCUGGCGGACAGUCAACGGGGUACCCGUGCCUCCGCGACCUGAAGAACCCGAUAACUGCUGCAUGAGCGGCUGUGUACAUUGUGUUUGGGACGAUUAUCGGGACGAUGUAGAGUCGUGGGCGAAACGAUUGCACGACGCCCAAGCGAAGAAGCCUACCAAGAACACCACUGGUGAUGCAGCCAAGAUCGAUCUUCCUAGGCCAGAACUUAGUGAAGCGUCAGGGAGUAUGGACGAUGACGGCGGUGGGAGUGAGUCGCUCUGGGCUACGCCCUCAACUUCGAUCGAGGCUGAUGGCGAUGAGUUGUUUCAAGGUAUUCCUGUUGGGUUCAGGGAAUUUAUGGCGACGGAGAAACGGAUCAGAGAUCGUAAGAAAUCAAGGAAGGAGGAGGGGAGGUAG